CAGUUUACAAAAGCACGAAUCCACUUUACUUAAAGCAUUGACAAAAUCCACUUGACUUAAAUACUUUAAUCUCGUCUUUCAGAUGGCAGUAGUUCAAGGUUUACCCACAUUAUUCUACUUUAUUUUUGUUACUACAAGUGUCUGGGCUGCAGGUGUCUGGGCUGCAGUUGAUUGUCGAGACCUUGCUCUUGGCAUGCAGAACAGUGUCAUAGCAGCUGACAAGAUAACAGCAUCUUCAGGGACAGCAGGUGACCAGGCCAGACUAAACUACACUAAUGGACCAUCGUGGUGUGCUAUUGGARAUGAUGAUAACCCUUAUCUACAGAUUGACUUAGGGACCCCCCACAUCAUUUGUGCUGUGUCAACACAGGGUGACCAUUUGGCGAAACAAUGGGUCAAGACUUUUCAGCUUAAUUGUUCUGAUGAUGGGAAGACUUAUCAUCCAUACAGGGAGAAUGGCAACACACAACAGACAUAUUAUGGUAACAUGGAUGGUGUUGGGAUCGUCAAGCAAAUUUUGUAUCAAGGAAUGAUUGCCAGAUAUCUACGUAUCCUACCCAUAAUGCCCCACGGAGCUGUUUGUAUGAGAGCUGAGAUAUAUGGAGUACAAAUACGGUCAGGCUCUAAAGUAAACUACGCCUACAAUAAAGCAGCAACACAGUCAAGUACUGGAUGGGGUGGACUGCCUGAUCGUGCAGUUGAUGGGGAUCGUAAUGCAAUCUAUUAUUUUGGAAGCUGCACCCACACCCAGGAUGAGAACGGAGCCUGGUGGAUGGUUGAUCUUGGUCAGAGUGUACCUGUGUAUGAGGUGUUUAUUGUUAAUAGGGAUACUAACUCCAAUAGACUGCACGACUUUCUAAUUCUUAUUGGUCUGGCCAUUGGUAUAUUCAAUAGCAGCGUCGUGCCAGACAACAGUCUAUCAGCAAGUUCUAUUUUUAGUAGCAUGAGAUCUGCAGCCAAAGCCAGGCUCCUUGGUAUUAGUUCAUGGAGACCACGUGACAAUGAUACCAACCCAUGGUUACAAAUAGACCUUGAAGAGGUUUACUACGUGUGUGCUGUGGCUACACAAGGUGACCCGAACGGUAACGAGAGGACAAAGAAAUACAUAGUUAAAGGAUCUUUAGAUCAUCAAAGAUGGAUGUCUGUAGAAAGCGGGGAAUUGGAAACUUCGGAAAAAGAAAUGAUUUUUACUGGUAACGAAAAUAAGGCGACAAGCAUCAUCAAGCAUAUCUUGCCCAGUCCCCUAGCAGCUAGAUUUGUACGGUUCUAUCCUGUAGAAAAGAUUGAAGCAUACGCCUUGAGAGUGGAAAUAUAUGGUGUUACCAAAGAACCAGCUUCACCGAUACCACCACCGAUAGGGAACAAAGAACUGCAUCCCAGUCACGGUUCGCAUGCAGACUUGGUUUGCAGAGCAGAAAGAGGACUAAAAAUCAAAUGGUACCAUAACGAUACAGACGUUACAAGUUACUCUAUCGGUUCAGUAAGAACAGGAUCAAUACUCAUAUCAACACUACGUGUAAACUACACAUCAGCUGAGGAUGUUUAUGACAAAUAUUCUUGUGACAAAGCGCUAAGAAAAUGUACCAGUUUGGACUACAUUUGUCAAGUCGAUUAUGGUUCAUACAGAAAACUGCAAAGCAGGGGGAAAAUCUCCAUAUUAUUAG